AUGAGUAGACCUGGCCGCCGGGACGCUGUCUCUUCGCCGGAAGGGGCGACGGAAGAGGAGGAACAGGAAGAACACGACGCAGAAGCAUCCCCUGGGGACGGAGAGGAAGAAAAUGGAGAUGAAGGAGAGGGAGAGGAAAGCGAGGAGGGAGAAGAAGAUGACGAUGAAGAGACGUCGUCUGAGGAAGAGGAGGUCGGCAUUGCGCUGCAGCUGCCAGUAAGGAGCACUCGCGGGCACACGUAUCAGCGACUCGUGGGUGACGCUCUUCGGGAGGAUCAGGAGUUUUGGAAUCACUCGACUUGGGCGGAAGAGGACGAUGAAGAUUACAACUGCAGUGAGGGCGAGGAAGUGUACGAAGACAUAAUCGACUCCGACUUUGACCGCGCAGAGGACGACAGCAGUGAGGACGACGACGGGAAAAAGGGGAGAAAGAGGAAAGAGGGGGAGACGAAGCGCGAGCGCGGCGAGGCGGGAGACAUCGUCGAAGAUGAUGAAGAGCGAGCAAAGAAGAAACAGAAACGCAACGCGUUCCAGGACCUGUGGAAGAAGAAGCAACAGCAACAGAAGCGGCAAGCGGAGGCGAAGAAGAAGCCGGGCGGAGACAAACGGCGAGGGCCGGCUUCGCGUCGCGUCUCCUUCCAAGACGCGGGGCCCGACUCCGAGGCCGAUUUCGAAGGCAGCGAGGGCGAGAAGGGAGACUCGCCGCGCACUCCGCGGCGAGGCCGAAAGGCCGGAGCCCAGGGGGACAAGCAGACGCGGGCCGGGGGAGACGACGGGGAUGCGCCGUCGGUUUCUCGACGCCAGACGCGCGACAGCACACGACAGCACACUCGAUGUGUAGCUCGACGCUUGGAGGAAGAGGAGCUGCAUCGCAGCAGGAAGGAAAGAAACAAAAAAGAGUCGGAGAGGGGAGGCAGGGACAAGAUGGAGGGAUUUCGUGAGCCUACGCUGGAAGAGCACCUGGCCGAGGCGCAAAUCACGGAGGCUCGCAAUGUGGCGAGUCUCAUGGUGAUUGAAGAGAAGGAAGAGGCGCGAAAAUUGAGGUAUGUGGACGUGAAGAAAAACAUUUACAAGGGCGAUUUCGACACCUACAUCUCCUGGGCCUCGUGGCUUCUCAUCGGUGACCCCCCUCCAGAAGAAGAAGUGCCGCCUGCUGCCGAGGAGGCGACGAGCGACGCCCCGCCCGCGGGAAGCUCCUCCCCAAGUCGGUCGCCAGACGCGGGAGACAGUGCAUGUGCGCGGCCCGAGGCAGCGGCGACCGCUGCGGAGAAGCUUCACACGGGAGAUCGCGUGGCAAGCGAGGAGACUGCGCCUUCGCAAACGUCACUUGAACGGAUCAAACGGGAAGACUUCCAAAACAAAGGAGACGCCCACGGAGGCGAGUCAGCGGGCCGUGGAGACACGCGACCCGAGGCGGCAGAAGACGGGCGUCCCGGGACUCUUUCGGGCGGCGCCGCGGAUAGACAGGGAGGUGGAGCCCAACCGCCCCUCUCCCAGCUGCGAGAAGAGACACCGGAGACAGCCCGCAGCGGUUCCCCACGAGGUGAAAGGGAAGAAGGGCGGCCUGGAGAGGCGCCUGGGGAAGGAAAAGGCGACCAAGAGGAAUGGAAUCCAAAUCUCGACGACUACGCCAUGGAACUGCGCAUGUUCACAGACGGCAAGUUCCCCGACAUUUACAAUCAAGAGCCUCCUCCACCGCCCCCCAGAUACGUGUGCCCGAUAACCGGUUUAGAGGCGAAGUACCUCGAUCCACUCACUGGCAUCCCCUACGCGACAGCGCAUGCGUUCAAGUGUCUCCGAGAAACUUACCAUCGCCUUCGCGAGCAACAGCUUUUUCAGGCGCUGCACCAGGCCAGGCAAAUGCUGGAUGUGAAGGCAGGAGAGCUGGGAGUGAAUUCUUCCGUCUCUUCGGUGGCUACCCAGAUUCCCCUUGACCCGAGUCUCUGUGGAACCUCCAUUUCGUCUUCCCACGUCAGUCAGCACUUCUUGCUCGCCACCGCGCGAGGUGCUCAUCCGCAAAACAGGGGCGAUUCCUCAUUCAAACCUGCUUCUGCCUCGCCCUCUUCUCGGAGUGGUGCGGGGGGUGGGUUCUUGGGGGCUACCGCCGGAGACGUGUGGACCGUGGAGGACGAAGGCAAAAAAGGACGAGGGCGCAGGGGAGGCAAAAUGACGAGGGGAGGAAGAGGAAGGAAAGGAAGAAAAGAUAAGACAGAGAACUACGCAUGCGUUGCUGUCUAA